AUGUACCUCAAGGAAAGGGACUGGGAAAUCGCUCGGGCAGUCAAGAAUCCCGACCGCGUGCGCGAGCUUCUGUCCCAGGGGCAUAAGCCAGAUGCUUUUGAUCUUUGCGAAGCAGCGCGUCACGGGGCUCGAUGCGCAGGAGCGGCAGAGACAGUUGAGAUUCUGCUGGAUACUGGUGCCAUUGAUCCAAAUGCUAGGCCGAGUUACGCGGAUCUCACCAAUACGGCAGGAGUAGACGAGGACUGGGCCAGCAGCAAUAGGAGCUCUCAGCCCCCGGAAAUCUACGGGGAUCCAGACGAGUGGUAUCCUCUUCACCUUGCAUUAACAUAUUCACGUCUGCCAGCAGACUCGCAAGUGCAAAAGGCGAACAUGACACGAAUGGCAACAGCCAUCCUGAUCUACAACUAUUGGUCGCGCUUCCCUGGCGAGCCACAAGACGACAAGGUCAUUGACGAGGACGCUGACCUGGGAAUCACCCAACUUGAGCGUCGAGAAGAGCGUGAGCAAUACCUGCUCUCCGAAUUCAUAUCAUCGGACUCAAAUCAUCCCUUGUUCCCACGCAAGUAUGGUGUGUGCAGCAUCAUACACUUUCUCCUUGAAAACGGAGAAUUCGUCAAGCCAGUGCUCGACUUCUUGGGCACCAACCUCGAUCUCGAGCACAGGGACCCGCAGGGUCGAACGAUCCUUCUCUCUGCCUGUCGGAGCGCCUUGGGCGCUGAUGCUGCAAUUGACGGCGUACAUGGGGACCUUUUCUACGAGGAGACCGGACAACUGCUGGAAACUGAAGAGCUGUUUGGAGUAACUACAACCACCUCACCGGACACGCUGACACUACUCGAAUACUUCGUCAACCGAGGUGCGAAUGUGUUGGCUGUUGAUAACUAUGGAAAGAAUGCUUUGCAUCACCUACUCGAGGCAAGGCAUCAAUUGCGCUCCAGUGAACCGCCUGUUAUUAGUGCCUCCCUCCGAUACGUGGCUAAUAACUAUGGGUCGCUUGUCAACCAGCCCGACAAGGAAGGCGUGUAUCCUUUUAUCGCUGCUUUAUCCCGCAUUAGAAGCUACUGGUCGAAGACCGAGCAUCUCGGCACGCUGGAGAGUGCAAUUGAUGAUCUCCUAGCGGCAGGCGCAGAUCCCCUCCUCCGCGAUCCGCGCGGCAAUACUGCUCUGCAUUACCUGGCACUGAGCUGGCUAGAUGACUUUGGCGUGCGCGGCGACGAACAACGACGCCUAUGCCGCCUACUUCUGGACCGCGGCGUCGAUCCAAACGCUCGGAAUGUGGAUGGGCAAUCUGCCCUCGAGCUAUAUUUCACAGCAUUUGACACCACUCGGUAUCAGAAUCGACAGGGAUAUAGCUGGGAUGUAUGGCAGGAUAUGGAUGAGCCAUAUGCCAAAAUCGACGAAGAAGUCCUGGAGAUCUUCGAAAAGGCUGGGGUUAACUUGAGAGGACAAGACCCGGAGGGCCAGACACUGCUGCAUCUCGUGGCAAGGAAAAGGACGCUGAGGACGUAUGAUAGGCUUUUGCUUCUUUUUUCAAAGGGCCUGGAUCCUAUGGUGCGAAAUGCAAAGGGCGAGACGGCCAUUGAUGUUGCCAUGAGUCUUGAACCACACGGAGAGUCAAUCUUUGCCACCAUUAUGAAGGACCAUAUCAAAGGAUUAAACGGCUAG